CGCUGUAUCGAGGGCUUGCUUUGCUUGCUUCCUCAAGCGAAUUGCAGACUUGAACCCUCUUCUUCUCCUCCUCGAGGCGCUUCGGGAUAGCUUACCUUCGGUGCUUUCCCUCCUGAUCAAGACGGGAGAGGAGGAGGAGGAAGAAGAAGAAGCUCUUGCAGAAGCUCUUGCGAGGUUUGUGAAUUCAUUUCUCGCGGCUUCUUCUUCCACCGCUUGUUAUAGCUGGGCACUUACGGGAACGUUUUCGGCCGAGUGUGGGGUUAGAAUAGGAAGUAGGGUUUAAGGAUUUUUACGAGGCUUAGGGGUCAGUCGGAAGUGGAGAUUGGAGCAUUGGGAGCUGCUUGUUGGUCGUUUGUGAGGGUAGCGAAAUGACGUCGAUGGCGCACUCUCUGACGAUACCCUCGGUGGGAGCCUCGCCUGUUGGCCAGUUUAAUGGCAGUAGGAAAAGUAAGAAACAGGGUGCUGCGCGGGCGGCGUCCAUGGGGAGACGGAAUGUGGAUAAGUCUGCAAGCAUGUCUGUGGCUAGGUUUCAAUCGUUUUCUGGAAUGCGCAAGGGUUCUGUUGUGGAUGCCUUGGUUGUGAAGCAAGGGAAGGAUUUCAAAUCUGUGGUGGCGAACUCUACCGCUGUGACUGGCCAUUCUCGCCCAUCCAGAGGUGUCACGACUGCCAUGUUUGAGCGUUUCACUGAGAAGGCUAUCAAGGUUAUCAUGUUGGCGCAGGAAGAAGCUAGGCGGCUUGGGCAUAAUUUUGUUGGCACUGAGCAAAUUCUGUUGGGGCUCAUCGGUGAGGGCACUGGUAUUGCGGCCAAAGUGUUGAAAUCCAUGGGAGUGAACCUCAAGGAAGCUCGUGUGGAGGUUGAGAAGAUCAUCGGUCGUGGAAGUGGUUUUGUUGCUGUCGAGAUCCCUUUCACGCCCAGGGCCAAGCGAGUCCUCGAGCUGUCAUUGGAGGAAGCCCGGCAGCUUGGUCACAAUUACAUCGGUACGGAGCAUCUUCUUUUGGGGUUGCUGCGAGAGGGCGAGGGUGUAGCUGCUCGAGUUCUAGAGAAUCUCGGGGCUGAUCCUAGCAACAUUCGUACUCAAGUCAUUCGCAUGGUUGGUGAGAACACUGAAGCUGUUGGUGUGGGAGGUGGUAGCGGCAGCAGUGGCAACAAGAUGCCCACCUUAGAAGAAUAUGGAACAAAUUUGACUAAACUUGCUGAAGAGGGAAAGCUCGACCCAGUCGUAGGAAGAGUUGCACAAAUCGAGCGAGUGACUCAGAUCCUUGGACGUAGAACUAAGAACAACCCAUGUCUGAUCGGAGAACCUGGUGUUGGGAAAACUGCUGUUGCCGAGGGGUUGGCUCAGAGAAUUGCAUCCGGGGAUGUGCCGGAAACUAUCGAAGGCAAGAAGGUUAUUACUCUCGACAUGGGAUUGUUGGUUGCUGGAACCAAGUACAGAGGAGAAUUCGAGGAGAGGCUAAAGAAGUUGAUGGAGGAGAUCAAACAAGCAGAUGAUAUUAUCCUUGUUAUUGAUGAGGUUCACACGCUCAUUGGUGCUGGUGCAGCCGAGGGUGCUAUCGACGCUGCGAACAUCUUGAAGCCUGCUCUCGCCCGUGGUGAAUUGCAGUGCAUUGGAGCAACCACUCUGGAUGAGUACAGGAAGCAUAUUGAGAAGGAUCCUGCAUUGGAGCGUCGCUUCCAGCCCGUGCUGGUUCCAGAGCCUACCGUUGAGGAAACCAUCGAUAUUCUUAAGGGAUUGAGAGAGAGAUAUGAGAUCCAUCACAAAUUGCGAUACACAGACGAGGCCCUGGUUGCAGCAGCGCAGCUUUCCUAUCAAUACAUCAGCGAUCGUUUCUUGCCUGACAAGGCAAUUGACUUAAUUGACGAGGCGGGUUCUAAAGUGAGGCUGAAACACGCUCAGCUACCCGAAGAGGCAAGGGAGCUUGAUAAGCAACUGCGUGCUGUUACCAAAGAGAAAAAUGAAGCUGUUCGUGGGCAAGAUUUCGAGAAGGCUGGAGAGUUGAGGGACAAGGAGAUGGAGUUGAAGGCCCAAAUUUCGGCCUUCAUUGAGAAGGGUAAGGAGCAAAUGAAGGCAGAAAGUGAAACUGGCGACGUUGGUCCAACCGUAGAAGAGUCUGAUAUCCAGCAGAUAGUGGCUGCCUGGACUGGUAUUCCCAUGGAGAAGGUUUCGAGUGACGAGUCUGACCGUCUUUUGAAGAUGGAAGAUACUCUCCACACCCGAGUCAUUGGUCAGGACGAAGCUGUGAAGGCCAUCAGUCGUGCUAUCCGUAGGGCACGUGUUGGACUGAAGAAUCCCAACCGCCCUAUUGCGAGUUUCAUUUUCUCUGGUCCUACUGGGGUUGGAAAGUCAGAGCUUGCUAAAGCUCUUGCUUCGUACUACUUCGGUUCUGAGGAAGCUAUGGUUAGGCUCGACAUGUCCGAGUUUAUGGAGAGGCACACCGUAUCCAAGCUUAUCGGUUCUCCACCCGGUUACGUUGGUUAUAGUGAAGGAGGCCAGUUGACCGAAGCUGUGCGCAGGAGGCCUUACACUGUGGUUCUUUUUGAUGAGAUUGAGAAAGCUCAUCCUGACGUUUUCAACAUGAUGCUUCAGAUUUUAGAAGAUGGGCGCUUGACCGACAGCAAGGGUCGAACUGUAGAUUUUAAGAAUACUCUCCUCAUCAUGACUUCAAAUGUAGGAAGCAGUGUCAUUGAGAAAGGAGGAGGCGGCAUUGGUUUCCAGUUGGAUUACGGUGAGAAGGAUUCAAGUUACAACCGCAUCAAGAGCCUUGUUAAUGAGGAGUUAAAGCAAUAUUUCAGGCCCGAGUUUUUGAAUAGACUUGAUGAGAUUAUUGUCUUCAGGCAACUCACCAAGUUGGAAGUGAAGGAAAUUGCUGAUAUCAUGUUGAAGGAGGUCUUCGAGCGCCUGAAGAAGAAGGAAAUUGACUUACAGGUCACUGAGAGAUUUAGGGAUCGUGUUGUUGACGAAGGCUACAGUCCUAGCUAUGGUGCUCGGCCAUUGAGGCGAGCGAUUAUGAGGCUUCUGGAAGAUAGCAUGGCUGAGCGCAUGCUUUCUGGAGAAAUUAAGGAGGGAGACUCUGCUAUUAUUGAUGUGGAUGGUGAUGGUAAUGUCACGGUUUUGAAUGGUACCACAGGUACUUCCACAAACACAGCUGUAGACCAGGCCCCUGCCGGUAUUGCCUAAACCUCGCGAAACAUUGAGGUUUUUUCUUCACAGGUAGGGAGGUAGUUGUCUGGUGGGCCUAGCGGAUUCAGAAACUUAGUUCUAGUCCCUUCAAUUGUACCCAUUAGUGUUUCUGAAUAUUGACGAAAGAGCGACGUCCACCUUCGCUAAUUGCUACCUCCAUUAACGUUAGUUCUUAAAUGUCCACAUUUUUGGCGCUAUUUAGAAUCUAUUAAGGAGGUUUUGCAUUUGCCAUCCACAGUUUCUACAUCUUGUAUAUUCUUGCGAAUUGUUUUCAAGGUCCUGGACCUUUCUGUUGAAAGAUUCGACCUUAACCAA